AUGACUCCACCGGAUUCAAUUUUCAAGGAGAAUUGCGAAUUUCUAUGUAUUGAAUUAUCCGAAAUCCGAUUAAACCUAAAAACCGGAGGGGCAACCCGACAAGUCAUUGUCUCCGGCAUGAACCUUGAAGCCGGGCAGGUGAACAAGCGAAGACUUGGGCGAAAGACCCGAUACGUGUACAUGGCCAUAGCUGAGCCUUGGCCGAGGUGUAGUGGCAUCGCAAAGGUCAAUUUGGUUACUAGAGAAGUGACCAAAUUUUUGUAUGGUGACCAAAAGUUUGGCGGCGAGCCAUGCUUCGUGCCCGACAAGAAAAAAGGAGGAGGAGAAGGGGAAGAAGAUGAAGGAUAUGUUAUGAGUUUUGUGAGAGAUGAGAGGAGAGAGAUGUCUGAGUUGGUGAUAGUGAAAGCUUCCAAUAUGAAGCAAGUGGCCUCAGUGAGGUUACCCACUAGAGUGCCCUAUGGUUUUCAUGGUACAUUUGUUAGCUCACAAGAUUUAAUUGAACAGGUAUUCUGA